UACUACGGUCCAGACGAGGACGAGAAUACCAUUGAUCUCGAAAGGUAUUUUGUUGCUGGAGACUUCAUCACUGGCACCGGUUUUGGGGUUCAGCUUGUUCUGUGGACGACAUGCGUGAUGUACUUCUGGAGGGACCGAAAGAGAAGGGGCUGGAGAGCCAUAUUCCUCAUCGGUUACCUAUCUGUCUUGAUCUCAAUCCAAUUCAUCUACUGUAUCGACCAGGCCAAUACAGUCCAGGUCAUGUACGUCGACAAUCGCAACUAUCCAGGGGGACCGUGGCAGUAUUUCCUUAACUUGCAGGACAUUGUUCUCAAGUUGGGUUUCUACGCUACUCUGUUUGUCGGGACCUUCCUCUGCGACCUCAUUGUGCUUUGGCGAUGCUACGUUAUAUGGACCAUCUCCGGACGUGCCGUGGCUUGCGCGGUGGUUGCGUUUCCCACUUUGAUACUCAUUGGAUCCUUUGUCAUGGGUACCCUUUGGACACUCCAGUCUAGUCACCCUGGUCUUUCGCUAUAUAGCAAGGAGCCCCUCGCUUUUGGGACGGCCUAUUAUGCCUUAUCGUUAGGCCUCAACAUUGUCCUCACGGCUCUCAUUCUCUUGAAGCUUCUCAUGUACCGUCACAAGCAUCUCGUACACCUCCCUCCGGAACAUUCGAGCCAAUACCUCUCUCUAGUGGCUCUUAUCAUCGAGUCCGCAGCCCUCUAUUCGGCGUUUGCAGUCAUGUUUCUGGUCUCGUAUGGCUUGAAUAAGCCCAUAAACCAAAUCUGGCUGGGCUUCGCCCAGGCUGCUCAACAAAUCGCAACCUAUCUUAUCCUCUACCGCCUCGCAACCGGUACAGCGUGGUCCAAGGAGACGAUG